UAUUUGUAAUUGCGCAGCUGCAAAAUAAUCAAUAAUUUUAAAAAAAGCAAAAAAAACAAAGAAGAGGUGGGUCCCCAACCACCAAUUGCGGCCCAUUUGGCCCACCUUCCUCUUCUCUCUCUGUCCCUCUGCUUUGUCCGAAAACCAAAAAUAAUCAAAAGCAUCAUCAUUUAAAAAAAAAAGAAAAAGAAAGGAGAGGAGAGGGCACAAAUACCACAGUGACUCUCUGCAUUGCAAUCUCAUCCCUACCAAAAUCAUGGCGGAUAAGGGUCGACCAUUGCCAAAGUUUGGUGAAUGGGAUGUCAAUGACCCUUCAUCAGCUGAGGGAUUUACAGUUAUCUUCAACAAGGCUAGAAAUGAGAAAAAGACAGGUGGGAAGGUUGAGUCACCUGGGAGAAAUGACGCCACAUAUAAGCAAGGGGAUGUUCUUGGAAAGCCUCAAUCUAAAAAAUGGUUUUGCUGCAUACAAGCUGCUCAGGUAGAUUAAUGAGGUGGCUCUUACAGCAUUAAGAGCUUCCAAAAGAUUUAUCUACAGCAAGCCCUUACGAAUGAUCCAGAAGACUGGAGCUGUUUCAGAAGCUAUGAUAGGUCCUGCUGGAAUCUUUUUUGUUUGCCACUGUGAGCUUUGAUGAUGAUCUGGGCUUGUAAUGAGAGAACAAUGUUGUUUUAUAUUAUGUGCUCUGAUGGCUUGUUACUUCAUUUUUUGCUCCCUACUUUAUUUAGGUAUGUUAGGGGUUGACGCUAUUGUGUGUGCCAUUACAUCUCUGUAUUGUUUUUGAGUUGAUAUGAUUUUCUUGUGUGUAACUUCAUAUUUAUGCUUAAUGAAGCUCACCCAUUUCUCUUGUUGUGUCCCA